AUGCUUUUCGUUCUUCGGCGCCGUACCCUAAAACCCUACAUCGAUUGAGAGAUCCCCGCUCAACGAGAACGACGCCGUUUCAGAGCGACAACCUCAAGAGCGAGCUUCAGUGAUUCAACUCAACAGUGACCCACAGGCAAGGAAAGAGCUUGUUUUUUGUACUGGUUGUCACCUUUGGCCAUGGAUUUUGAAUCAAAUUACGACAUUGCUGCCUCUGCCCACUUCAUUCACACUCACAACUUCACCAGAGUUGCUUUACAAUUUCCAGACAAUCUCCUAAAAGAUUCAACAAGAGUGGUCUCUGCUCUGCGCAAGAGACUUCAAUCAUUGAGGGAAUUUGAUGUCCCUGGAAGUGGGGAUGAGAUAGAUGUUAGAUUGUUUGUGAUGGCGGACACGACCUAUGGCAGUUGCUGUAUUGAUGAAGUUGGAGCAUCACACAUUAAUGCUGACUGUGUCAUACAUUAUGGGCAUACAUGUUUUAGUCCAACAACAACUCUACCAGCGUUUUCCGUUUUUGGGAAGGCUUCCAUUUGCGAAGCUGAUUGUGUUGAAAGUAUGUCAAAAUAUGCUCAGACAAAUUGUAAGCCUGUCAUGGUCCUUUUUGGGCUGGAAUAUGCGCAUUCAAUACAACAGAUUAAAAAAGAACUAUUAGAAUCAUCAAUGUCCUGUAGAUUUGACCAUAAGCCGGAAGUUCACUUUGCUGAUGUUUUGUCUUCAGUUAUGUUUCCAUCAAAAGAUAUUAAAAAAAUAAAUGGGCUUCAAGAACCAGCUAGUGGUUGCAAUGGGGCAAGUGGGACUAUAUAUAGCAUUGGAGGAUUGACUUGGAAAUUACCUGAGGGACAAAGAAUGGAAGACUACUUGCUCUUUUGGAUUGGACAGGAUGAUUCGGCUUUUGCAAAUGUUGUGCUCACUCUCAAUGCCUGUGAAAUAGUUAGAUAUGAUGCAAAUGAAAAUCGAAUGGUAACAGACUUGUUUCAACAAAGGAGGAUUCUUAAGCGGAGAUAUUACCUGGUGGAGAGAGCCAAGGAUGCUAAUAUUGUUGGGAUUUUAGUUGGAACUCUCGGUGUUGCUGGUUAUCUACAUAUAAUAAAUCAAAUGGUGGAGCUCAUUACUGGGGCAGGCAAGAAAGCCUAUACGUUGGUUAUGGGAAGACCAAACCCAGCUAAACUUGCUAACUUUCCUGAGUGUGAUGUUUUUCUAUACGUCUCGUGUGCCCAAACUGCUCUGCUGGAUAGCAAAGAGUAUCUAGCUCCAGUUAUUACUCCCUUUGAAGCAAUGAUAGCUUUCAAUAGGGGAAGCCAGUGGACAGGAGCCUAUGUAAUGGAGUUUGGAGAUCUAAUUAAUUUGCCUCAAAUUGAAGUUGGAGACCAGGAAGAAGAAGCACGGUUUUCAUUCUUGCAGGGAGGAUAUGUUGAAGAUUUUGAAAAUCAAGAAAAUGUUGAGGAAGAAAGAGAAGCUCUGGCUUUAGUCAAUGCAACAGAGAAGGCACUGCAGUUGCAAAAUAAGUGUAAUUCUCUUAUCAAAGGGGAUGCUAAAUCAGGAGCUGAAUUUUUUGCAAAUCGAUCAUAUCAGGGUCUGAAUAUGCCCAACGAGAACACCUCUCCAGAGCCAUAUUUCGUAGGACGGAGAGGAAGGGCAUCUGGGUAUGAGGAUGAGAAGAGCAAACAAUGAAAUUUGUGACAGCCUGCUGAGAGGGACGGUAAAGGCCCAUGGAUGUGGGAGGACUGACUCCGUGAUGUGGUUUUUUGCUUGCAUUGUAUAGAAUGAGAAUUAACAAGGUCAGUGUCUGACAGGGAGAGAAGAACAUUAUUCCUUGACGGUUGUCUGAGCCUACUUGAGCAGUUAAUGCAUUUUGGCUGGAAAGUUUGGUGAAGCACGAGUUUCUUAAUAGCCUGCGGUUGUACAUCUAUUCAAAAGGAUUUGAAAUGUCUUUAGCAAGGUUGCUCCAUGGCAUGACGGAAUUUGCAGCUGUUGUUACCUUUUUUUUAGUCACGGAUAUGUCUUCCUACGUUUUGUCCAACUAUGCAGGAACGAUAUAGAAACACUAUCACGUGCAGAAAUUUAACAUAUUUUGCUUUCUCUAUUUUAGAUUAGUCAUAUACUCUUUCACUGUUUUUCUCUUCGCAGUUAACGGAGAGGAAGAACUAUAGUUAUUAUUAAUGCCACUCAUAUUAAUAUUUCAUAAUAUUAUCUUUCCUCUGUUAUCUU